GAUAAAAAGUCUAAAAAAAGGAGGAAACCUUCCAAUCGAAGUAUUUCAUGUUGAGUUUAAGAUGAGGUCGGUGCGAUCUGUAUGUGCUGUAGCUGCUUUAUGCAUUUCAGUUUUUGCUCUUGAAGUAGUCAGCGAUAGUUCCGAUUUUGAUCAAUUCGUCUCAGAAAUUUUGAGUUUUAUAAAUGGCACCACGACGUAUGUGAAACCCACUAAUAAUAAUGCAUUCUUCGGCAAUGGAUCUGACUCGGAUGAACCGUUAGAUUAUGGGACGUAUGAUUUCAUAAUUGUGGGUUCCGGUUCAGCGGGUGGAGUUUUAGUAAACCGACUAAGUGAAGUUGAAAACUUCACAGUUUUACUGGUGGAAGCUGGAUCGGAAGAUCCUGUUGCAUCUAAGAUACUUGGACUGUAUACUUAUAUGACAAAAUCAAGCUGCGAUUGGGGAUAUUACACUACUCCGCAAGCCGCCAGUUUCCUGGCCAAUACUGACCAAAGAGGAACCUAUCCCAGGGGCAAAGUACUGGGGGGCUCAACUACUAUAAAUGGGGCGAUGAAUACACGCGGUAACCCAAAAAACUAUGAUGAAUGGGCAGAACUGGGAAAUGAUGGAUGGUCUUAUGAGGAAUGUUUGCCAUACUUUAAAAMAUUGGAAAGGGCUGAAUUUUCAGUUGAUAUUGAUCGACAAGCGCAUGGAUUUGAUGGGCCAGUGCAYGUAAAUAUACCGGAAGAUACUCCAAUUCUGACAAAAGAACUGAUAAACGCCUUUAUAGAAGUAGGAAAACGAGAAGGAGAUUAUAACGGCGAUGAUCAGUUCGUUGUAAGUAGAGUUCAAUCAUUGUUGGAUUAUAAUACGCGCUCAGGUACUGCCCACUCCUACAUCCGGCCCAUCUUAAGUAGAACAAAUCUGGUGAUCAGUUUGGACUCACUAGCCACUAAAAUUCUCCUUUCCGACAACGUUGCCACUGGCAUUGAGUUUUGGAAAAAUGGAACUAAAUAUUCCGCGUCUGCUAAAAAGGAAGUGAUUCUAUCCGCUGGAGUAAUAAAUUCUCCUCAGCUUUUAAUGCUUUCGGGGAUUGGCCCAAAGGAAGAACYUGAUAAGCAUGGUAUUGACACCAUAGUUGACUUACCAGUCGGGCAAUAUUUCAGCGAUCAGGCUUACUAUCAAGGAAUGUUUUAUAGAACAAAAUAUACGUUUUACAACAACACUUUCCUGGAAAAUUUGGAACAUUGGUAUCACAAUGAACGACCACUCACUGAUACGUAUACAUCGCAACUAGUCACUUUUUACAACGUGGCUGGAAAUAGCAGCGAUGCUUCGGACAUGGAAAUAUUGAUUCCAGGCCCCCCAAAUCUUGGACCCAGCUACGGAGAAGCGUACACAAACUCCACUUACGCGCAAGCUUUCAAAGUUUUAAACGAAUAUUCGGACUUCGCUUUGAUUCUAUAUUUUCUGCGACCGAAAUCCGUUGGUAAAGUUACUUUAGCAUCGGCAGAUCCCAGGGACUUCCCUUUGAUUAACCCGAACUUUUUUUCUCAUCCCGAUGACUUGGAAACAUUAUACAAAGCAGUGGAAAUUGCAAAAAAUUUGGAAAACACAACAGCGUUUCAACGUCUGGGAGUCCAACCAAUCGUCCUAGACCUUCCAGAUUGCGAUGAAAAUUAUGAAAAACUUUCAAAGGAUUGGUGGAUAUGCAGCAUGAAAUAUCUAACAAUUGCCGGACUGCAUCCAAUUGGAACUACAAGAAUGGGAAAUGAUACACAAAACUCCGUAGUGAGUUCAAAACUCAAAGUUCAUGGUAUCGAUAAGCUACGAGUGGUUGAUGCUGGAGUGAUUCCUCAACAAAUAUCGGGACAUAUUAGUACUCCCAUAAUGAUGAUUGGGGAAAAAGCUGCCGAUUUUAUUAAGAAUGAAUACUCUUGUACAUCAUAGUUGUUUUUCCAACUAUUAAAUAUGACUAAACAAACACUAUAAAAAAAUAAUUAUUUUAUAACUAAGGUAUUGUGUCACAUUUAUUGCUGUAUGUCCAAGAAGAAUAAUAAAUAUUAGUGAAAACAA